UCUGCUCGCACGUUAGCCUUUUCCCACCUUCUUAACUCUGACGGAAUAAAAUAGUGCUGAACAGGAAGAAAUAGUGCGACAACUACUGCCACGAGGCGUAGGCGCCGAUGGCUCGCCAUUGGCCAGUUUAAUUGCGGUGUCACAUUGUAUUACUACGCCGAGCCUUCAGGUUUCGUGAAGUUUAGCUAAACAUUCCUUUGGUUUGGAAGCCUUGGAGUAAUUCUGGCGGGAACAUUCUGGGGACGCUUUUCUGUCCAUUAACUCAAGUCGCAGUAACACAAGUCCAGAGUCGGGGACGUACUUUACACUGACGCCUCUGACGUCACAGAAUAUCACUAGGAAGUAAUACAGAUAAAGAUAUUCGUCCACUGCAACAACAUGCCACGACUAGACUCCCGCGUAUUGGCUGGUAUUGUUCUGUUAUCCUCUUGUUAUUAUUUAACGUCCGCGACACCCCUCACAAGCCUCCUUCACAACAAACGAAACACAGACACAGCCGUCCCACAAGGCAAUGCAGGAAGUGAGGUGGAAGAAGUCCCGCAGAAUGGGGAAAUGGAACCGCAGCCAUAUACACCUGACGCAUUUCCGCCCUGCGUGUCAGUAGAAUAUCUGACAGUGCUGAAGGAUAGGUUUGCCACUCAGAUUGACAGGAACAACGACGGCAGGGCAACAUUUGAGGAGAUGCGACGUCACCUACAGGACUACAACCCUAACGUUAGAGAUGCAGCCGUUGCAGGCUUUAUCGCUAGGAGAGACGAGAACGGUGACGGCGUCAUCGACUUCGUCCCUGAGUACGUGAAGAACGUCAUCACGCCGGACUACAGUGUGGAGAACGCAAGAGAAUGGUUCAACCUGGACAACACAAACGGGGACGAAUUCGUCACGCGUGACGAACUCAUGUCAAUCGCCCGUCACAUAGGCACCCCUGAAGAGCAGGCCGCAGCCCAGGUGUCCGGGUACUACCUCAGCAAUGACAAGAAUGGAGAUGAUAAACUAGACUGGGACGAGUACAAAGUCAUCUAUGGGCAGUGAUGACGUAACGGAAGUGACGUCACACAACAUGUUCACGUGGUGUCAGAACGCUACCUCGAUUUAACCACAUCGUCAGUAGUGGUGCCGUGUACUUGUCAACCGUUGUCAUGGAAACCGUUUCCUGGCUGUGGCCCUCCCAGUUGUGUACUGGAUUCAACCAAAAGAAAUUAUAAGACAAAGCACAUUCCAAUGACAAAUUAUCUCCCUUAGGUCACGGACAUUAUGUUCUUAUCUUCUACCUCUGAUCGCACAGUCCUCUGGUUGUGAUGGUUGAUUGAUUUUAUCUAUUAUUAUUAUUAUUAUUAUUAUUAUUAUUACUUGUGAGAUACCAUACGUUAUUUGUUCCAUCUUAGUUUUUUAAUGGCGUUUUUCCGCUCUAUUGUUUUUCUUCAUGAAAACUUCUCAACGCCCGUAUUCUCUUUGUAAACAUUCGUUGUUUUGUCAUAUUUGAUAUGUGCACGCAACCUUCAAAUAAAGCCGAAGACUUGA